AUGGCCAAACGGAAGCGCAACAAGGCGGCGGCGGCGGCAGCAUCCAGCGACCCACCAGCACCGACAGAGAAGAAGGCGAAGAAAGUGUCCAAGAAGACAGCGCCAACUCCCGCUAAGCAGAAGGACGGCGAUGACGAUGACGACGACGGAGAUGACGACAAGGACGACAUUGAGAUGGACCUCGACGAGCUCGUGGCAGCAGGUGGCGCCUUAUCGCAACUCGGAGCCCACGACGCGGCCGCGGAAAUACUGGCUCAGGCGCUAGCCCUUUCCCCAGGGAACGUGGACAUUAUGAGCUCCCUCGCCAGCGCGUACGAGGCCUCUGCCCAGAAGGACGAGGCCCUGGUCCUCCUCCGCCAAAUUACCCAAGUGGCGCCGACCCACGCCUCGUCAUGGUUCCAACUCAGUGCGCUCCUGGUGGAAUCGAACGACGUCGACGGCGCCGUGGACGCCCUGAAGCGCGUGAUUGAGCUCGAGGACACCCCUGCCGCGUACGCAGCGUUAGCGUCAUGCUACGGGGAGCAGGGCAACAUCGAUGCCGCCGUGAGCUUAUUCGAAGACGGAGUCCUGAAACAUCCGACUUCGGGAAAGUUCCACUUCAACCUCGCGACGAUGCUGGCGGCGCGAGGAAGGAAGAAGGACCGCAAGCGGGCCGUGGAAAUGUACGGCAAGGCGGCGGCCUUGGACCCCGAGACCCGCGCCGAAACAAAGAAACUCUAG